AUGGAUGACAAAACGUUCAACAUCUCUUAUCAGGAAUUCUACUUGAUUGGGUUCACGGAUCUGCAGGACUAUCGACGAUAUCUUUUCAUUCCCUUUUUCCUCAUCUUUGCUUUCACGUUGUUUACUAACUCAAUUAUAAUCCUGGUGAUUGUAAAAGAAAGCAAGCUGCAUGCACCCAUGUACAUUCUGAUUGGGUUUGUCGCAGCUCUUGGGUUUUUACAGCCAAUAUUUGCUAUUCCAAGAAUAUUAAUCAGCUUUCUCUUUGGUAGAAAUAUGAUUUACAAAAGUGAAUGUCUUGUUCAAAUGUUUUGUCUGCAUAUGGCAGGUUGUUUCCAGUCGACGGUUUUGGUUGGGAUGGCAGUCGACAGAUUUUUCGCCAUUAUUUUCCCCUUGCAGUACCACUAUUAUGUAAACUUGAAAACGUCGUUGAUAUUCUGUUUGGCUCUUUUUUUGCGCAACUUGGUGGUUGUCGUUUCAAUGGUGGGCUUGAUCGCGCCACUCCAAUUUUGUAAAACAAAUAUUAUUUACCAUUGUGUUUGUGAGCAUACAUCAGUUGUCAGUAUAGCCUGUGGGGAUGUGAGCAAGAACUAUGCCGCUGGAACCGUGGCCUUCAGCAUAGUAACAGGUGAUUGUGUAUUUAUUAUGUGCUCUUACAUUGUUAUUUUUGUCAUAAUAUUCCGCUCUCCUCCUGGUGAGUCACGACAAAAAGCCAUCAAUACAUGCAGCACACAUUUAAUGGUCAUGGCUGUGGCCUAUUUUAGUUGUGUGGUUGCAUAUGUUGGCUAUAGGGUGUCUUCGAUACCUAGAGAUAUCCGUGUGUUAUGCACCAUGUCAUAUCUUCUUUUUACAAACUUCUUUAACCCUGUUAUUUAUGGAAUAAGAACAAAGGAAAUCAAAGCUCAAAUUGGUAAAUAUUUAUCCAGAAAUAAGGUCGAUUCAUAUUAA